AUGACCGACACUAGGCGGCGGGUGAAGGUGUACACGCUCAACGAGGACCGGCAGUGGGACGACCGGGGCACCGGGCACGUGUCGUCCGGCUACGUGGAGCGGCUGAAGGGCAUGUCCCUGCUCGUCCGGGCCGAGAGCGACGGCUCUCUACUUUUAGAAUCCAAAAUAAAUCCUAACACUGCAUACCAGAAACAACAGGAUACUUUGAUUGUGUGGUCGGAAGCUGAAAACUAUGAUUUGGCCCUUAGCUUUCAAGAAAAAGCUGGAUGUGAUGAAAUUUGGGAGAAAAUAUGUCAGGUUCAAGGAAAGGACCCUUCAGUGGACAUCACUCAGGACCUUGUAGAUGAAUCUGAAGAGGAGCGUUUUGAUGAUAUGUCAUCGCCAGGUUUAGAAUUGCCAUCUUGUGAAUUAAGUCGUCUUGAGGAAAUUGCAGAACUUGUGGCAUCAUCUUUACCUUCCCCCCUGCGUCGUGAAAAACUUGCACUAGCACUGGAAAAUGAGGGUUAUAUUAAAAAGCUCUUAGAGCUUUUUCAUGUAUGUGAGGAUUUGGAAAAUAUUGAAGGACUGCACCACUUGUAUGAAAUUAUCAAAGGCAUCUUCCUCUUGAAUCGAACUGCUCUUUUCGAAGUUAUGUUCUCUGAGGAAUGUAUAAUGGAUGUUAUUGGAUGCUUAGAAUAUGAUCCUGCUUUAUCACAACCACGAAAACACAGGGAGUUUCUAACAAAAACAGCCAAGUUUAAAGAAGUGAUUCCCAUAUCAGAUCCUGAGCUGAAACAAAAAAUUCAUCAGACAUACAGAGUCCAGUAUAUACAAGAUAUGGUUCUACCUACCCCUUCAGUCUUUGAAGAAAAUAUGUUAUCAACACUUCACUCCUUCAUCUUUUUCAAUAAGGUAGAGAUUGUUGGUAUGUUGCAGGAAGAUGAAAAAUUUCUGACAGAUUUGUUUGCACAACUAACAGAUGAAGCAACAGAUGAGGAAAAAAGACAAGAAUUGGUUAACUUUUUAAAAGAAUUUUGUGCGUUUUCCCAAACGCUACAACCUCAAAACAGAGAUGCUUUUUUCAAGACUUUGUCAAACAUGGGCAUAUUACCAGCUUUAGAAGUCAUCCUUGGCAUGGAUGAUACACAGGUGCGAAGUGCUGCUACUGAUAUAUUCUCAUACUUGGUUGAAUAUAAUCCAUCCAUGGUACGAGAGUUUGUCAUGCAGGAGGCACAACAGAAUGAUGAUGUAAGUAAGAAGUUAACAGAGCAAAAAAUAACCAACAAGGAUAUUUUGCUCAUCAACCUCAUUAUAGAACAUAUGAUUUGUGAUACAGACCCUGAACUUGGAGGAGCAGUCCAACUUAUGGGCCUGCUUCGAACUUUAGUUGACCCAGAGAACAUGUUAGCUACUUCCAAUAAAACAGAAAAGACUGAAUUUCUGGGUUUCUUCUACAAACACUGUAUGCAUGUCCUCACUGCUCCUUUACUGGCAAAUACCACGGAAGACAAACCUAGCAAAGAUGAUUUUCAGACUGCCCAGUUGUUGGCACUUGUAUUGGAAUUGUUAACGUUUUGUGUGGAGCAUCAUACCUACCACAUAAAGAACUACAUAAUUAAUAAGGACAUCCUCCGGAGAGUGCUAGUGCUCAUGGCCUCGAAGCAUGCUUUCUUGGCAUUAUGUGCUCUUCGUUUUAAGAGAAAGAUUAUUGGAUUAAAAGAUGAGUUUUACAACCGCUACAUAAUGAAAAGCUUUUUGUUUGAACCAGUAGUCAAAGCAUUUCUCAACAAUGGAUCCCGCUACAAUCUGAUGAACUCUGCCAUAAUAGAGAUGUUUGAAUUUAUUAGAGUGGAAGAUAUAAAAUCAUUGACUGCUCAUGUUAUUGAAAAUUACUGGAAAGCACUGGAAGAUGUAGAUUAUGUACAGACAUUUAAAGGAUUAAAAUUGAGAUUUGAACAACAAAGAGAAAGGCAAGAUAAUCCCAAACUUGACAGUAUGCGGUCCAUUUUGAGGAAUCAUAGAUACCGAAGAGAUGCCAGAACACUCGAAGAUGAAGAGGAGAUGUGGUUCAACGCAGAUGAAGAUGAUAUGGAAGAUGGAGAAGCUGUAGUGUCUCCAUCUGACAAAGCUAAAAAUGAUGAUGAUAUUAUGGAUCCAAUAAGUAAAUUCAUGGAAAGGAAGAAAUUAAAAGAAAGUGAGGAAAAGGAGGUACUUCUGAAAACAAAUCUUUCCGGCCGGCAAAGCCCAAGUUUCAAGCUUUCCCUCUCUAGUGGGACAAAGACUAACCUCACCAGCCAGUCACCCGCAACGAACCUGCCUGGAUCCCCAGGGUCGCCUGGAUCCCCAGGAUCUCCUGGAUCUCCUGGAUCCGUCCCUAAAAAUACAUCUCAGACGGCAGCUAUUACUACCAAGGGAGGCCUCGUGGGUCUGGUAGAUUAUCCUGAUGAUGAUGAGGAUGAUGACGAGGAUGAAGACAAGGAAGACAUGCUACCAUUGUCAAAGAAAGCAAAGUUUGAGUCAUAAUAAUGGCAACUGCCUACAAUCAGUACCUGUUGAAAAAACUGGUUCUUCUACCCCUAUCCCCUACAAAAUUCACAGCAAAGCAGUGGUCUCUUGUGAAUGACUGACAGAUCAGCCUCGCACACUUGACCUCUGCUCAUCAAGUGCCAAUUCAAAGGAGCAGAAGGAGGGGAUAUUACACGUUAGGGGAAAGACCUAAGCCUUGAGCUCUCCAGCUUGGACCACACAUUGCCCUUUUCUCAGGGAAGGAAAUGGAAACAUAAAGCCAACAGGGCAGGGGUUUUGUAAGUGGAACUCUGGAUUGACUGGUCAGUUGCUACAAUCAGAAUAUGCUUUGUCGGACCAUGUUUGGGACUCGGAAGAAUAGGCUUUUCAGCCAUAAUUCUUCACUAGUUAAGAAUGCCAGCAGUUUCUUUAUCUAAAGAGACCUGCCUUUAAAACCAUACAUUCUGAACAUUUUAGUCAAGCUACAACAGGUUUGGAAAACCUAUGGGGGAGGGGUGAAUAUAAAAUUUCCUCUUUUUUAUCUGUUCCCUUUGCCCUUCGAACUGCAGAUUUUUUAAAAGUGGGGAUUUGUCCCUACUUGAUUAAAGAUUGAGUGGAAUUCUA